AUGCUCGUUUUAAAGAUUCUCUUCGUUAUCGCGACCACCUUCAGUGUCGCCUUUGCGGAAUACGGCUGCGGCGAGGUCAAUGUCGUCUACAUCGGACUCCCUGGUCGACACAAGUAUGUGAAAGAACAAGGUGCUGACCCUAUUUUGACGGAGAAACAAAUUGCGGACAACAUACGUGAGAUGCGCGAAGCAGGAUACAAUGUUCGAGGUAAUGUUGAAGGUGUUGACUGGCACGCCGCUGGCGUUGGAUUCGGGAUCCGUGGAUCCAACAUUUCUGAGCUCACAGGCCUAUUUGAAGAGAAUCUUGCCAUCUAUCGUGAAGAAGCACCCGAUGCGAAGUUUGUCUUCAAUUACAGCCCUAUUAGCUUUCUAUGGUCUGUUCAGCGAUAUUUCCCUCUCUCCAGCGACUGUAAGGAUCAUCCGGGGAAGGACUUAGGGUUUAUCACUCUGUGCGAUGAAGCCUGCAGUUGA